AUGUCUGGCGUCGCCCAUGCUCGAGUUGGCGUGCGUGACAUGACCAUCGGCGCUGGCUCUGAAUCUCCAAUCGUCAUCAUUUUCGCGGGCGAGGAUCGUCGUCGUUUUGAGAUUGCACGAGAUCUUCUCAUCGCAAACCAGAUCAGGUUUGGCAACCAAGCCAGCGAGAGGAAGGGCAAUGUAGCCCUACCCAUCACCAUAAACCUUGCGGACGAUGAUGCUGAUGCUUUCAAUCCCUUUUUCGUGUGGUUUUACGAUUAUGACUUACCUCAAUUUCGACGCGACUGUAUUUCUCCUGCUCAAUCGUGGAUCCACACUCUGGCUCGUACUGCUCCUGAUGUGGCCUAUUUUCGCCCGUUAGCAGAGAAGGAAUCGUCGUCUUCGCCGGCUAUCAACAAGGAGAAUGAAACAAUUCAAAGUCUUCUGCUUAAGCUUGCCGUGCUCGCUCGGAAGUACAAUUGGGUCAAGUAUUUCAACGCCGUCAUCGACCAAUACCGGACCGGAGAGAAAACCAUGCAGAGACAUUUUCCCCUCACUUCGCCUAUACAAUGCGUCUUUUCUGAAGGGGACAAUACUGAUCUAUCGUCCCCAACUACCAAUCUUCUCGUCGAUUACGCCUUUUAUAUAGGCUUUUCAAAGUGGUAUCAAGGCAUAUGCCAAACUAUUCCGUGA